GUUUAAGCGGUUUUAAACAAAAUGCAAUCUUUUCAUGUCUCUUAUCCUCUUGUAUCUUGUAUGAAUAGAAAAAUGAACUACAUUGCUUAAAGUGGCAAUGGAAAGUGAUGAUGAAGAUGUAGUUUUUGAGGUAAUAACAAAAGUCUCAACGUUAUUAUUAAUAAAAGUAUAAUGUUUUAAAAAACGAAGUGGUUAUUUUCGGACCCUGCUUGGAGAAGUUAGAGUUAGAGGUUGGGAUUAAAAAAUGUUUACAAUUUUUAAAAUAUUAUAUUAAUUAAGUUGGGAUUUUGUAAGAUAAUGAUAAAGGUAUAUAUGUUGUAAAUUUUGAGAGAAGAUGCCACAUGGCCACCAUCUUGGUUGACAAGACCAGUUAAUUCUGUCACUAAAUCUAAGUAAAUGUAUCCCUAAACCUAACCUCCUAAACCCUAAUUUAAUACUUUAAUAAUAAUAAUAACUUUAAUAAACACACAAUUGUGUGUGUGGCAUCCUCAACUAGUUUUAGCGGUAUAUGUUUGUAAGUUUAAUUCUUCAGUUUAACUAAAAUAAACUACCACAAAUGACAUCCAAUUAGCAUUUAGUCAAAAUGGAACCGGACACGCAUCACCGCUAUUCGGGACAGGGUCCCAUGUUGUCCCAUGAGACUAAAUGCUGUUCGGAUGUCAUUUGUGCAUUUGGGUAAUUCUUAGAGAUCAUCCCGUUUCGUCAUUUAGGUUUAGCUUAGGGAUACAUUUAGCAUUCAGGUUAGGUUUAGGGAUACAUUUAGUGACAGAAUUAACUGGUUGUGUCAUCCAAGAUGGCGGCCAUCGCGGGACGAUCUCUAAUAAUUUACCGUGCAUUUAAUUUAUGGUAGUUUAUUUUAGUUAAACUGAAGAAUAAGGUUUGCAAACAUAUAGUCCAUUCAAUUAUCUUUCAUUUGAUACCAAAUUUUAUUUUACAAACCCAACAAUAAUUAUUUAAAUAUUUUUUAUUAAGCCCAACCUGACCUCUCACUUCUGAUACCGGGUCCGAUUAGCCACAGCGUUAAAAAAAAUGAUAAAUUUGAAAACAAUUUAAUAUUUAGACUAGGCCCGCCUAAUUAAUUCCUUUUUCAUUUAUUAAAUAAGAUAAGUAAAGUAACAUACACAAAGUAAAGUUUACAUUUACAUUCAUUUAGUUUUACUAAAAGUAAAAUUUUAGUACGGUAUUUUGACUAGGAGACAUGACAUCAGGCUCAUCACUCAUUAGCAUAAGGCGAAGGCAUUGGGCGGGGCAUAGCUAAUUAUAAUUAAUAAAGCAAAAAAAUUUACAAAUAAGCCAUUGUUUAUUGCUCCUUAUAAUUUAUAUUGCGUCAAAGAAAGUAUAAGGCAAAUGUUGAUCUGUGUGGCCUUUAGAAUCAUCAUAAGAAUGAUAUAUGUAACAGUUAUUGAUAAUUAAAUUAUUGCAACAAAAACACUAUUAUGUGUUCUUGUUCUCUCUCAUCUUUCCAGUAGUUGUGUUAUGAUACACCAAAAAACUUUGUAGAAAAACUGCAAAAAAGUUGAAACUCUGCUGCUAGAUUAGUUCUAAAGGCAAAGAAACAUGAUCAUCAUGAUCUUGUCACUCCACUUCUUCACUCACUUCAUUGGCUCCCUUUACAGGCACACCUUGAUUACAAGCUGUCACAACUUUUUCUCUGGUUCCUGCCCUUCCUAUCCUAAUGAACUUCUUUCUGUCUAUUGCCCCCUUUGACAGCUUCGUUCCUCUGUAUAUUCUUUCUGUUUCCAAGACACGCACUAAACAUAUGGUGAACAAUCUUUCUCUUUCUGUGCCCUCAAACAAUGGAAUUCCCUCCCAUUACACAUUCGCAAUAUACUGACCACCCAAGCUUUCAAAACUGCACUCAAGACACAUCUCUUCAAACUCUACUGUUCCGACUCAUUCUCACCCUGCUCUGACCAAUAAACAAUGCUCUAUGCUGCUGGGUGCCGUUCAUGGCUAGUCAUGGGUGAAAAGUACUUGGGUGGGCGAGGUCAAUAUCUUUACACAGCUGUAUUUAAAUGACUAAUAUUAUGUACCGGUACCAGUAAUUGUCUUUUAAUGCCAUGUUUCUUUUUUUAUUUCUUUUUUGAUAAUUUUUAUGUGAAGCUUGUCGAGCCUGGGGUACCGCGCUAUAUAAGACCACUUUAAUAAUAAUAAUAAGGAAUCAGUUUGAUUUAACACUCUCCCUUCUAAUACUUUGUCACUAAUAAUUUUAAUACAUAACGCAAAUAGUUUCUUAAAGCCCAUUAAUUACACCAUUAACUUGCCUCACCCAAUUUAUGCUGCACCUUUUUAAACAAAAUAAAGUUUUAUAAUUUUAUUUAAAUAUUAUUUUAUAUCUUUUAUAAAUGUAAAAUUAUGUUUUACCAAUUUAUGGUCCCAUCCCCCCCUCCCCCCUUUUUUUUUUCUCUCUCCAGAAUUCAGUGUUACACCAAGCAUUACUGGACUGUGGCAUCACAGAUUUAGAGACAGAAACUAGGAACUCCGAGGUGCAAGUUCAAGAAAUCAAUGGUCAUUGCCCGAGGGAAGCCAAUCACAAAAGCAAUGUCAAUGUCAGCUGUAAUAAAGAGAUAACAAACUGUUUUAGCCCUUUAGCUUAUCUAUUCUGUACACCUGAAGAGCUUCUACAAUGGGUUUGUUCACAUUUUAUUGUUUUUUUCCUUUUAAUAAAUUGUAAUAAAUACACUCAAACAAUUCUUUAUAUAAAAUUUAUUUUUAAAAAUGUAUCCGUUAUUGUAGGGAAGUGAUGAAGCGUGAACAAAAACUACUUGAAUAUUUUAAUUAAAUGCUUUAGAAAAAAAUGACCUACCAAGAUUGCUUUAAAAAAAAAAUAUUCGUCAAUGAUGAGUUUGAGAAGGAAGAAACCAAAAAAGUUAACUAAGCACAGUUCUUUAUGUAUUGAUAGCAUACACACCAUCAUCUCUUUCACUCUUUUCAGAAAUCAAAUGACAGCUUUUUAAACAUAGUUUUUGGGAAGUUUGUGAGGACCUAAGUCAUCCAACCUUAGUUCUACAACUUCAAUUCAAACGCAUUGAUUAAUUAAAACUAAGGCCCUGUGAUCAUAAUUACAAAAAAAUUUUAUAACCCUUUUUGUCUCUUUGCAUAAUAUAGUAAUAAUAUUUAGUUUAAAUUUUUCACAUUAGCUUUGAAAAUGUGCGACAUUGUAACCAUUUCAAUGAUUUCCAGCACAGCCACCACAGAUAUCAGACCUUGUGUCGACUGAUAAGCUCUCCUCUGCUUGCCGAAGAAGACAAAUCAUUUCUCCAGUAUUUUAUGGAAGAGGAAGAGCCUUGCAGUGAUCUCUCAUGUACAAAAAGAUUGUUCUCUCUACCUCUAAUUGGGUGAUUGUACAUUUUAAUAAUACCAUUCAAUAAAAUCUAUUGUCUGUAUGCUACAUCUACAUAUUGUUCAACCUCUCUAUCUACCAAUACCUUCAAAACUCAAUGAGUAUAAUAAGGUACAAAUAUAAUGUGUAAAUGUGGCACAUGACCUGAGGUAUACCAAAUCUUAUAGUAUUUAUAAAUAUUUGUAAAGAGAAAGUUUGAAAGCAUGUUCCUUCUUAGCUCCAUAUAUCAUUUGCUGUGUACUGUAAAAAUGUAUCAAGAAAUUCAGUUUAAAUGGUUUAUUUUUAAUGAUGCAUUUACUUUUCCAAGCUUGUGAAUACUCUAAAAUUAGCUUAUCCAACAAAAAUAUUGCCUAUUUUCUUAAUUGUGAAACAAAUUUUACUGUUUUUAUUUCAGGAUCCUCCUCUUGACUCUUGCCUCCAUAAAUCUCCUGGAUGUGCCAUUGCUGGUGUCACCGUGGCUCACCUUGUUCUUCAGCUUGGUCUUUCCCUUCACAUGCCUGCAGUCUCACUCUUUUUGGCUCAGCGUCAUUUCUGUCAAUUGCCUGGUUCUGAUAAUGUAUGGCGUAACUCUGACUGCUGUAGUAUCUGGCAUCAAGUCCAAGGUAAAAAAAAAAUACCUCUCUCUUGUGAUCUGUUUUGAUCUACCGUGCACCAAAAAAUAGCUUAAAAAAAAUAUUGUCAUUAUAUCGAGCUGUUUUUUGCUCUUUCUUUAUAUUAUAAAAUGUUAGAGGGAAGACUGAAGUAAAUAAGGAUACAUACAAAAAUUUAGGGAAUGGGGAAACAUUAUACAAGAGAAAGAAAAGGCCAAAAUCACCUGAAAUAAAUCAGAAAUAGCUCUAGAGGAAAUACUUAACUAAGAUCUGUUUUAAUGCAAAAUAAAGUUCUUGUUUUUAUUUUUUUAGAUUAAGUGUUAAGUAUUUAUUAAGAACACCUUUCAUUCUUGGUAACACAUAUAUGUGUGAGAAAUUUCUGUUAAAUUUUCUUAUCUUUUUUUUUUGAAGCUCAAGCAUAUUUAUUUACUUCCCAUUGCUUGAAUGCAGUCCCCUAUAUAUUAACAAAAUACAGAGAGACAUUUUAAACACAUCAAAUAAUUGAAGACAUAACUUAUCUCAUCAUUCAAUGCAUCUUUGCUCUUGUUUUUCAGGUUUUAUCGCAGCUCAAGAACAAGGACGAAUUGAUAAAAAAUGUAGAAGUGAUUGCCUGGGAGCUUCUGUACCUGGAAAAAAAAUGUUUGCGACUGUUACAAGAGUCAGAGCUUGUAGCCAGGGGAUUCACUUUGUAAGUUUUGGGAGGAAUUGAAAUUUUUAAUUACUUUUCUCUGUAAACUUUACAAAUCGCUUAAUAUGAGGCACCUAAAAAUCUUUUUACAAAUUUAAUGCUUUGUGAUAUCAAAAGCAAAGUCAAGCAAGAGAUUAUACAUUUUAAAUUCCAAAACAGCUAAUAACUUAAGCUUCAGUGACAGAAAUUUUACUUAUGCACAAAUUUAGGCACCACAGAUUUUACAAGAAUUUCAAGACUAUGAAAACAAAAACAAGACUAGGAAAUUCAAGUGGAAAAGUCAUAAGAUUCAUUACUAACAUAUCAUGGCAAGAAGUAUAUUAAUCCAAGAGUAUAUUAAUGCGCCUAAUCUUUUCAUAUAUUAAACUUAUGAUUUUGAUUUAAAGAAAAAAAAGGAGUCUCCUUACAUUAAACGUUCCUCUUGGUGAAAGUACUUUAUAUGAACCCACUCACAUUCUUAUCACAUCUGGCUAAAAAAUGAAUGAAACCUUGAAAUAUUUCCUGUUCACUCUUCCCAACAGUGCCACAGGCCAACAUGUUGCCUCCAGGAUCAGACGUGGCCUCACAGAGGUCACUGACCAGCUGUGUCCCCAGCUAAGGGAGGUCAUGUUUACAGAAAACAUAGCGUUGAUGGCUGAGUUGAAGAAAUGGGUGGUCAAAAUGAUGAGAAAGUAUCCUUUGCAUGCAUCAAUCAGUUGUCAUGCAGAAUUUAAUCAGUUUUCAAAUUAUAAAUAACCUGUAAGCAGGGAGAGAAUCGUGUACAAAAUUCUUUAUAAUAUAUAAAUUAAAAAAAUAAUAAAAUAAUUGUUGAAAAAUUAUUCAUAAAUGAAAGUACAUAAUUUUUAAAGAGACUUCUCUCCUUCAAAGGUUGGCUCUACAAUUCCGUCAAAAAUUAAAAAUGUCUUAAAAUCCAGACUAGCAGACUUUAAAAUAAAUUUCUCAUGGUUCAUUCAAAUGAUUAACAAAUGUAUUUGCACUUUUCUUAGAAAUAUAAUCUCAGACUUUUUUUUUAUAUCCAUUAAAAUAACCUAAAACUUUAUUCAUUGCUGAAAAUUUGUUAAUCUGCAUUGGCUUGGUAUCUUAACAAUGUGCUUUUAAUCUUAAAAUGACGAGAGCAGAAACAAAUCAAAUUUACUUGAAGUUGAACUGUACGCCAAUCAAACAACUGCCAUUUACAUUUUUCUGCAUUAACCCUUUACAGUCCGAUGCGCCCGAAAUGCGCCGAUUUUUUCCUUAAGCGUACAGUCCGAUGCGGCCAAACCCGCCCGUUUCGAGGUUGUUUACUUUCGUUCUUAGCACAGCGGAAGUCCAUUGCGCAUUACUAUUUAUAGUUCUACCGGAAGAAAGCCUCGUUGUCGGCAUUUAUUUCGAUACUACUUUGACCGCGGUGUGUUUAGGGGCUGAUUUUCUAGGAUUUUUUUUAAAAGUCGCGAUUUUUUCGCUGUAAAAAAUGGCUAUCUAAGCCUUGGAUACACCUUUGAAAGAACUUAGGCCUAAUGAAGCUUCACUAUUUCAUGAGUGGGAGGGUCUCUGAAACUAUUUUUAGGUUUAACUUUUGCUUUAAUAAUUUCUUUGUAUUUAGGUAUUUUUUAUUUUAUUUUGUUGCUUCUAGUUUAUUUUCUGAAAAUUAAUUAGAUAAAGAACCUUCAUUUAAAAUGGAGUUAUGUCCCCUUGCUUGGGCGCUGGGAGUAGACAAGGCUGAAUAGGGUUGGACUGUAAAGGGUUAAAGUUGAUCUUUGUUCCAAUGUUCUUCUCUUCACCACAGUCAGUCUUAUAACAAUAAUAAAAUAUCCACACAAAAAAUCAAUUUAUUUAGUUUAUUUCUAACUGAUGUUAGUCGUGUUAGUCCAACUGCCAGGUCUGUUUCACAUUAUCCUUAAACUUUUUUAGUUUACCAAUGAUCUGCAAUGAUUCCGACUUCAGCACAUUGGAAAGAGUAAGUCUUGAUCAGGAAAGCUGUGAUGGCAUGGAGGGUUUGGAUCCAGGCAGCGGCCAAGAGAGUGUCAUAACUAACGAGGGGGAGACAUGCGACCCGGCAAACAAUGAGGCAGCAGGCGACGUCGAUGGAUGCGAGGACCGACGGCACAAAGAUGUUAUCCCCCUUGCAAAACUGAGUGUAAGCCCUUGUGAUUAUUGUAGAUUUAAAAAAUAAAAAAAUAAACAAACCUUUAAGUAAAUGCAGUGGCGCCAUGCUGGACAGACUUGGUUCGUUCUUGGAUCUCGCUCAUUGUGUGAUUGAUGUGUUGUGAUUUUGCAUGCCUGCCCACUGAUCUGUUCUGUGGGCUAUUCAAUCUACUAGGCCCGUGGUUUCUCAAAUUGGGUGGUACAGCCCCCCUGGGAUGGCUGGAUGUACCAUUGAGGGGCAGCAAAAUGCUUAGUACAUUUAGGAAGGCAUUAAGCUUAAGGGGGCUAUGGUAGUGUUUUACAAAAUGAUCAGAUCAUUACUGGUAGCAAACUUGAAAAUUAGUCAUCGAUUUACAUAAGUCAAAUAGUUAUUUAGAAGAGAAAAGUGGGGGGGGGGGGGGGUUUACAAGAUACAAAAAGAUAAGUAGCAUUACGAAGGUUUGUUUUAUCUAGUGUGGCAAACCCAAGGGCUGACCUGAUGCAACCUUCUCUCAUGGCAAUCCACUCUGGUGGCACUCUGCUCUGUCUGUGGCAUUCUGUUCUGGAGGCACCUGCUGUGGUAACACCCUUGCUCUGGCAUUAACCAGAUCUGUCUGGUGUGUGUGUUGUCGCCGCCCCCCCACCCCGUUCUGAUGACAACCUGACCUGGAGACACCCUGCUUAUGUAAUUUAAACAGAGUUCUCCUUUUGAAAUGGGCUUGAGAGACUAUUGCCAAAGUUGCAGUUUUCUAUUUGGUAUCACACGCGCCACCACACCCCCCCGUGUCCUCCGCACUCUAUUGUAAAGCUACAGCUUUCUUGUUGUGACUAAUUGAAAAUCGUACAUGAAACUCUGUCAGAGUGAUUUUAGGAUCUUCUUUGAUUUAAAUUUAGUUUGGCUGAUAAAUCUACGGCUAGUUAUCCAUCAAAAUAAUCAAAUCCAUCUGCAGCUGUUUCAAAGCCAAUGCUAAAGCUUAGCACAUCAUUCUUUAGGGUUUAGAGUUUCGACUUCAGAAUAAAUUUUUUUGGUCAUUAUCAUGCACUAUUGAAAAUGGUCAAAAGGCCCUGUCUUGCAAAGGAAUAAUAUUCAUAUGGCUGAAAGUUUUGAAAUAGGUGUGUUCAAAAGUUGUUUUAAACCAGACAUGGAAGAAAUGGCAUCACUUUAUUAAGGCCAUCCACAGCAUACAGUUGGUAUAAUAGAGCAAUGCUUCUGCCUGUGCAUCACUUUUGCUGCUCUACAAUACGGUAUCCUUUCAAUAUGUCCUGCUCAUCGCAGUCCUCCGUUUUUUUUUAUUGUUUCGACUAUGGGUGGGUCUUUGUACAAUUGGUAUUGCUCUUGGUGUGUACAGAUACUCCAGACAUCAUUUUCUAUCAACUUUUAUGGGGAUGGGACAAAAUUUAUGUUAAGCUCUUCAGGUGUAUUUUUACAUUGCAACUAAUUAUAGCACUUUAUUGUAUCAUGAGUUUAAAAUUAAGAGGAUUGAGCAGACACGGGUAUUCAUUUAGAGAUUAUAUUUAUUAACAUUGUACGUUUUUGACCGCAAUAUUACGUUUGGUCCAAUGAGCCUUUGAACAGUCCUUGUUUCUGUAUUUCUGUAGAAAUUAAAAAAAAAAAAAAAUACUCCAUGCUGUCCAUUUAACUAAUUCAUGCUAGAGCUUUAAAAAAAAAAAAAAAUAAUUUUAAAAAUCAAAAAAUCUUUUAAAAAAAAUUAAAAAUUUUUGACCGGAAUAUUACGUUUGGGCCAAUGAGCCUUUGAAAAGUCCUUGUUUCUGUAUUUCUGUAGAAAAUAAAAAAAAAAAAAAAUGCUCCAUGCUGUCCAUUUAACUAAUUCAUGCUAGAGCUUUAAAAAAAAAAAAAAAUAAUUUUAAAAAUCAAAGUAUCCUUUAGAAAAAAUUAAAACAAUUUUUCAUUGGAAGUAAUUUUGGGAAAAAAAGGGUGUUUCUUUUUUAAACUUCUGUUUAUGUUUUGAGCAUGAAAAGUGUUCACACAAAAAACACACAGUUUUCCCCACCCUAUAAAACUCAGCAACUUUUAAUAUUUCUGAUCACAUUUUAUUUUCAUCUGAUGGCUUUUUUUUAAUCUGAAAUGCUUUUAAUAUGAAAGUUUUAUUAAACUAAUUUUAUUAACUGGUAAGGCAUUACUUUGCUCUUUGCUGUGUCUAUAAUGAAUUGAGAUGGCUACAAUGUUGUUGACUGAUUUCAUCAUGUCUGUUGAAUAACAAAUUUUGUAUCUUUGUUUACAGAAGUCAGUGGCCCUUCUCCACAUCUACAUUUCAGGAUUUUUGAGGAGACUUGCUCUGUGUUUUUAUGUUCAGAAUUUUAAAGGUAGGUGUCUGAAAUUAGAUCAUUUUUGUGCUUGAAUUUUUUUUAAUUGUUUUUCUUUGGAAGUAUUGUGCAGUUUUUUUAGAAAUAGCUAGUGAUAAAUUUCAAUUGCUUAUCAGAGUGGACUGUCGGGUAUAAGAACUAGGCAUUUUAUUUUAUUUUGGCUAUACCUAUUUAGACUUGGUUUUCUAUUUAAGCUUUAAAAUUUUCUGCCUGUGACCUCAGAAAUUUUUGGAAUAAUCCCGAGACGUGCCCUGAAUACAAAUUGAAUUCCGAGUUUUCACAUUUUCAGGCUUGGCCGCCAUUUCAUUACUUCAAUAAGAAUUUUAAUUACACCAUUGCCAGUUCGAUUUAUUAACUGACGUGGCACUUUUUGUUAGAAUUAAAAUGUAAGUGUGGAAACAAGAUCUGGGUUUUAACUAUUUGUGCUGAUUAUUAAACUUUGAAAAGGAGCUUAUCUCCAAUCCAUGGAUCAGAGAGGUCCUCGGAGUAAUGCUUACUUCCAGGCUAUGAUUAAUGGCCCUGUAUUAGCUUUCUACCGCAGCUUACCAUGUUCCCUGAUUUUUACGAACUUUUAUGAAAUUAUCAACACCAGAUUUCAUAUAAAUACAUUUUUUUUUAAAUUGUUGGAAAAACUCCAUUCCUAUGUUCACUUUUCAAUGUUUUUUUGCAGAUAAAAGUAUAGACCCUUACACGGCAACAGCAGAGUGUGUAGAACACUCAAUAAAAGCAUUUGUAAGAGCCAAGUGGGCUCUGACUCAGUCACAUACUUUCUACAGAGCAAUCCAUCUGUCUUACAGUGAAAAGGGUUGUGCCAAGAUGGACAGGCUAAGGCUAAACAAUGAGCUUCGUAACAUUUACGCCCACCUAAACAACCUGGAUCUUCAACUGGCCAGUCUGACCAGAAGGUAAGGAUUCCAUUUCACCUUGUCUUCAUGUGAUUAAAAACUGCUUAAAUCCAUGUGUCUAAUUUAUGGAAAUCUCUUUCUAAUUCCGGGUUGAACCUGUUGGCAGCCGGUCGCAUUGACCUGCUUGUUGGCAGCCGGUCGCAUUGACCUGCUUGUUGGCAGCCGGUCGCAUUGACCUGCUUGUUGGCAGCCGGUCGCAUUGACCUGCUUGUUGGCAGAUGGUUGCAUUGACCUGCUUGUUGGCAGAUGGUUGCAUUGACCUGCUUGUUGGCAGCUGGUCGCAAAGACCUGCUUGUUGGCAGCCGGUUGCAUUGACCUGCCUGUUUGCAGCUGGUCGCAAUAGCCUGCCUGUUUGCAGCUGGUCGCAAUAGCCUGCCUGUUGGCAGGAGAUCACGUUGACCUGCUAGGUCGCACUCAUUUUCUCAUUCUGAUGUGGAGAAUGGUACAAGAACAUGCAUAAUUUAAUAAUGUCUGGUAAGUCUGCAGACCAUAAAAUGCAGUGAGACUUCUUUAAUUUCAUUCCUAUGAACUUCUUGAGCCAAAGUUCAAAUGUUACCUUGGGCAAUUCUCUAUUCAGGUUGAGAGGGGUUGUGAUAGCCUUAGAGGUUCGCAUGGAAGCUGAAUCAAAGAGCAACUUGAAUCUAGGUGGUGCUACUGCGGCAGCAAUCGAUACCCCAUUGGACAGGAGUGCAAUAGUUGAUGCUCUACAGCAAGUGAAGGAGACACUAGAGAUGUGCAAAGACUGUUAUGAGGAGGCUGUGGCUCAUAUGCAACGAAGAUUGGAUUUGGGUAGGAACCUUUUUUUUUUAAAGAAACUUUUUUUUUUUUUAAAUUCAUUGUCAUUAGGACAGAUGUUUAGAGACCUGUGUGUGACUCGCCACAAAAACAUGGUUCUUCACAGCUUUUUGCAAAAAAAAUUUGGCUCUUGAAAAAAAAUUGUCCUGCAACAGAUUUUUGGCACUUUUGACCGAGUAAGACAUCAACAUUUUUUUUUUUGGGUAGGUUAUCAGGAUAUUCAAGUUUAAUUGUCUUUAUGACAUACUAGUUUUUUUUUAAUUCCAUGGGACAGGACUUAUGAUCAGGAAUGACUACUGUUGUCUGCCUUUGAUUUUUAGGAGUCCCGUACCAAAAUUUUUCAACAGAAAUUGUUACAUUUGGCAGUGGUUGUUGGUCGGGUGCCUAUAAUGAAUAAAUGCUUCCCCUUUCAUUAAAAUAUUCUGUUUAACUAAUCUAUACAGUUUAAAUUGUCAGCCCCUGCCUAUGUUUCCCUAAAUAUAUAAUUUUAAAAAAAACUCUUCACUCACAAGGUUACUGACUGUGUUGAAGUGGAACCACUCUCAAAGAAUGUCACACCUGCUCAUGUCUAAGGGUAUCAUGAUAUAACAAAUUCACACGCCAUGGGACAUAAUUAUCUUAUUCAUUUAUGCUUACCUAUCAAAGACUUCAAAACACAAUUUCACAAAUAAUAUGAACUUAUUUAUUUACACGUAUUCCAAUAUAUUCUAUGAUAGCCAAGGAUAGUUCAAUUCGCUGGUCAGAAUGUUAGCGGUUCACAUGGGGUGACGGCAAUCAAUGGGGGGAAUUAUUCGUCCUGAACUCAAAUAGGUGGGGUGGGGGGGCGGUGUUACAAGGUUUGAGUUCAGGGUACAUUGAGUUAAUUUGAAUUCUGGCUAGGGGUUGCCGACCCCCCCCCCACCCCCGUCUAUGGGUUGCUGGCCUUUGAGCUAUAGCUGGCUGACCCUCUGGCUAUGGGUUGCCCUCCCUCGGGGCUAAGAUUGGCUUUUUCUCUAUCCAAUUCCUAUUGGCAAUUAUGUUGGGACAAUUUCCUAAUGGCUGUGUAAUUUCUGCUCAUUGCCACAUAAAAAUGAAUGAUUCAAGUUUUCUAUAAUCUAGAUUUAUUUAUUUGUAAUACUUUUAUGUGUGGUGACAACUUGCUAGUCAAGUCCCACAACCCAAAAUGAAAGUUAUAAUCUUACACUAUAUUUUUUGCUUACCAUUCACCUGUUGUAUAAAGAGCUGACAGAACAAUGGCCUUGAAACUGUAAAUAAUUAUUUGUGCCUUACUUGAAUAUUAAGAUAUCCCCUACAGAAAAAUUGUGGUUACACUUACCUGUAUAAAAAUGCACCUUACAUAUUUUUCACAUUUAUAAAUUUCUAGGCGGAAAAAAUAGUUGUUUGAGUUGUCUGAGUUGGAAAAGUUGGAAAAAUGAGACAGUUUGGUGUCACUAGAUUUUGAAAAUGUUUACUGUAUUUCCAGAUUGGGGGGGGGGGUUGUUUUUGUAUACCAGGUAUGCUUUUAAGCUGUGGUAAUGUAAAAAAUCUGUUGUACACUGUUAAUUGUUUAAGUUGGGGGUUUCAGUAUGGAAUAAUCCUAUUGAAAAAUUAUUUUUUUUUACUUAGCGGCUCAAGGUAUAUCAACAAGGCCAGUUCAAGUCCCAGCCACCCCAAGGAAAAAACCCUCAUCUGAUGUGAGAGUCAUUCCACAUGUGGAUCACAUCAUUCAAGAUGAGGUUUGUAUACCAUAAUAAAUAGUAAGGUUUGGUUUGGAAACAUUUGUCCCUGGGGAUUGGGCAUGACUUGGAUUGGGCAUGACUUGGAUUGGGCAUGACUUGGAUUGGGCAUGACUUGGAUUGGGCAUGACUUGGAUUGGGCAUGACUUGGAUUGGGCAUGACUUGGAUUGGGCAUGACUGGAUUGGGCAUGACUUGGAUUGGGCAUGACUUGGAUUGGGCAUGACUUGGAUUGGGCAUGACUUGGAUUGGGCAUGACUUGGAUUGGGCAUGACUUGGAUUGGGCAUGACUUGGAUUGGGCAUGACUUGGAUUGGGCAUGACUGGGGCAGGGCAUGACUAGGAUCAAAUAUUUGAUUCACUGAAAGUUUCAUUUCUUCUUGACCAACUUUCCUCUUAGCUUUAAAACAUGUUUGAAGUUUUAUUGUUCUACUAUUGAACUUGCAGGUGUUUGAGGCCACCACAUCGGCAGAAGACGACGAUCAUGCAGACAAUCCAAGAAGACGGCCCCUUUCUGAAGAGUCCAAAGUAAGUGAAAUCGGUUCAGUUUCUUGCGUGUGUAUCAAGCUUAAAGUACUUGCCAGAAAAUAGCUCUUCUGAGUUAAUCCAGUACAAAUAUAUAUUUUUUUCUUCUAUAACAUUUGAUCAUUCCUAUUUGGUUAUUGAGCGUAUCCCAUUAGUUUGAUCCAGUGGCUCCAGUGUUAUAAAAAAAAAUGCUAAUAUGUGCCACCAUGGGCGGUUUUCCAUUUCAGAGCUUGUAACACAAUGUAUAUGUCCCCCAAUUAUAUAUAAUGCAUCACUUUUAUGUAUAACAUAUCUCUGUAUCUUUUUGUACCACCUGAAACAAUUUUACAUGAAGUUUGAUAAACAUCUGACUAGUCUGUAGAUUUGUUUGAAAAUUAUGUUGAAACUACACAAAUUCUUGAACCCAUCGGUCACAUUAUAGAGUUUAUGAAACGUCAAAAGCACAAUAGAUUUAUUUAUUAAUUUUUUUGGUACAUUCACUCAGGCAAAAGAAGCGUCACUGAAUGAAAACAUGAAGAGGUUUAAAAAAGAGCUCAAAACAGUGGUCAAAAAGAUUGGCGUCACUCAUCGUCAAAGAGAGGAAGUGGCUCUGGCCCGGUCAAGGGACAUUUUCGAUGAAGUCCCCACCGUCGCUCGGCACAAUCUAGAUUCCAGCGCUAUCCUGGUCCAAUCGUUGAGGGAACAAGCAAGUGCAGAAGCGCUGGCCAGGGGCUGGGCUUUUGAAGGUGGGGCAUCUGUCAUGGGGGAUGGCAUGUCCCCUUCAUCUGUUCUGGCCGACGAUCAGGAUCAGGACCCGCCGAGGCGACCCCUUCCCGUGCCAUUUCCCAAUCUAAAUGACUUGGAUGAAGGAGCACCUUCACAGUCACCGUUCACUUUCAGACCUAUUCAAAGACCUCUUCAAGGGGGUGCAGGAAGUUGUAUGGACCUUUCAUUAUUCCCAGCAUUAUUCCCAGCGUCUUUAAAUCCUGAUGAAUGUGGUCAGGAUUCCAAGCCAGCAGGAUUACUUAAUGAUGUAGACCUCAGCAGCCAGUCGUCUGGUGAGGCCCAGCCUAAAUCAACCACAUCCAAUUCCGAGUCUCCAGAUGAAGAACCAGCCGUUAAAAAAACUCCAAAGAAAUCUGCCUCUGCAAAGAAACAGAAGACGCCCAGGAAGCAUCACAGGCCACAAGCCAGGCGGUUGGAGUUCGAUCUGGCUAUGAAUGUCUCCAGAUUAGAUAGGGGCCACUGGGAGAAAUGCAAAGCCGUGCUUCACAUACCAGCUGAUGCAUCCAGCAGCGGCAGUGCCCCCAGCACCCAAAGCACAAGUCCCAGUACUGGUGAACGGAACAGGGACAGUGAGGACUUAACUGGCCACUUGGAAAUGUCCGGAGAGUUCAAUCCAUUAGGUGGUGGGUCAGUGGGUGGUGAAUCGAAUCUUUCAGGGGCGGCUGGAGGCCCCCUGCAGUCCUCUUCCUCAUCUUCAUCCGGUGGGCUGUUGAGCUCUCAGAUCAACUGUCCCACGAGCGUGAACCCAGAGAGAGAAGGCUUUAGGAACGUGGGAGGUUCUUACCUCUCCAGGCACAAUUUCACGGCCAGUGAGAGGGAGACAAACCUGUAUCAUGCCAAAAUGGACUAUACUUCAUCAGACUCUUCGGCAGAACAGGGAGCUUCCGGGGCAACUGGGGGGCGGCGUGCCGGUAUUUUGAAUCCUGCGUCAUCCGGUGAUAGAGCUGAUGUCGACUCAGAUCCGAACGAGUGGGUGAAGAUAUCCCAGAGGCAGGUGAUCACGGCACACGGCAGCAAGAUUGACAUUCUUCGCCAAAAGACAGUCCAUGUUGGCGACGCACGGUCAUCGCCACCUGUUUCAUCAUCUGAUUCAGAAUCCAGUUUCUCAAAGAGUCUUGCUCUUCUCGCUGCUGAGAAGGCAAAAGGCAUGGACAUACCAGGACAGCAUGAAGAGAAGUUUGGAGAAUCUUCAGAUGAGGAUACUCUGUACUAACCAGUCCUCAAAUUUGUCAGGGAAUAUUUGCUUGCAAUUAUUGUAUAGGAAUGUCAGUUGGUGGAUAUUUAGCCGCUCAUAAAUGUUUAGAAUUUUUUAAAGUUUUGUUUCAUACAUUAUCCCCAUCAUUUGGAUAUCAUCUAAUUCAACGCUAAUUUUGUUUUGGGACUCAGAAAUUAGUCAAAAGGGGUAAAUUGGUGCUUGGUAAUAUACGAAUGGACCCCCCCAUUGGCGUAGCUAGGGUGAGUGUCCACAGGGAUGGGGGCAAGGGUCGCCAUACCUCCUCCAUGAUAAAAAACUAAAGAAGUGCCACCCGGGACUGGCCUCCCUCCUCCACCCACCCUUCACCUCUGAAAGGAACCCAAACCCCACAUUUUAUCUCCUAUGAAAGAUAUGCCGUAAAUGUAUUUUUGAUACAGUAUAUUUAUACUGUAGGUUUUCCUUUAUUUACACCCAUGUAAAUGCCAAAGCCUCUGUAACGGAUCAGAUAACAAAUCACGGCUGUGGGGGAGAGCUGAUCAAUUUGUGUAACACCUCCACGUUUUGUAGAUGCCAAGUCCAUUAUUCCUCUUUCUGAAAUUUUGAACCCACGUUUCCUUGGCUUACGAGAAUUCCCUUGCACCAUUUUUUUUUUUACUCUAUCCAAUUUCUGGUCUACCGGUAACUAAGUCUUUUAUCAUUUGUUUUAGCAUGUCAUGACAGGCAAUUUAAUGAGGGGCAAUGAAAUGUUUUGACAAUGAUGUAACCAAAGAAACUGUGGCCCAAUUUUAUUUAGUCACCACCAGCCGUUUGCAACAAAAACAUGUAUUUAAACUUACCAAAAGAAAUGAGUUCUAACACUGCAUCCAAAACGAAAUGUCAAUAAAUGGCCCAGAAAAUAUUUUGGUUAAUUUCAUGUAAUAACCUCAUUUCUGUCAAGUUUGUUACAAUCCUGUAGUGUAGAUGUAAGAGCCAUGCCACUGUUUUUUUUAAAAGAAUUUUAAAACAAUUUUUUUAUCCAUGAAGCCAUCGAAUGCAUUUAUUAUAAAGAACAAGUGGAUGUGUAGCAUUCAAACCAAAAAAAAAAAACUAUUGCUCCUCUUUAAUCCAAUGCUUUAAUGUGAAGUUUUUUAACAAUGAUGUGAAGUUUUUAACAAUGUGAAAGCUUUUAACAAAGUCCUUUCUCUGGGGACACAGAAUUUUAUUGUACAAACUAUGUAUUGUAUAUUUAAUGUCAUGUGUUGAUGAAUUGGUUGCAAAUGACUUGUGUAUUCAUGUGCGUUGUAUUUGGUCUUCUUUUAGAUGUAAGC